AUGACCGGCCAUUACCGUCAAGCUGCUCCCCGGGCCGCACCGGGGACUUCACCCACACCAGCCCACCUGCCAAACACAACAACCACCUCAAGCCAAGAACAAGCUGGAAGCCACAAUCUAAACAAGUUCAUGAGUGAACUCCGCAGCAUCCGCAUGCCAUCAUGGGCUGUUGCCGCCCUUUGUAUCGUGAUGCUGUGCUUGAUGCUGUCCUGUGCCAUGUGUGUGUGGAAGAAGUGCCUGAAAAAGAAGGACAAGGACAAAGAAAAGGACAAGAAGGGAAAGGACAAGAGCAAAGGAGACUCUGACACUGAAAUGGAUGGAGGUUACAACAAGCCUCUGCAAAAUGAAGGUAACAAGGAAACAGAAAUGUCAGACAAUGAGCCAAAGGAAGACGAGAAACUGGGUCGACUACAUUUCUCGUGUGACUACAACUUCACGGAGAACACGCUGGUUGUGGGCAUCUUACAGGCCACUGAGCUUCCUGCCAUGGAUGUGGGAGGCAGCUCUGAUCCUUAUGUUAAACUAUAUCUGCUUCCGGAUAAAAAGAAAAAGUUUGAAACCAAAGUUCACAGAAAGACCCUCGAACCCACCUUCAAUGAGACUUUCACAUUUAAGGUACCAUACACUGAGCUGGGUGGGAAGACGCUGGUGAUGACAGUGUACGACUUUGACCGCUUCUCAAAGCAUGAUGCUAUAGGAGCUGUGAAAAUACCAAUGAGCAGCGUGGACUUCAGCCAGUCUCUGCAGGAGUGGAGAGACCUGCAGAAGGCAGAGAAGGAGGAGAGCGAGCGGCUUGGAGACAUAUGUUUGUCCUUGAGGUUCGUACCGACUGCAGGGAAGCUGACUGUGGUGGUUCUCGAGGCCAAAAACCUGAAGAAAAUGGAUGUGGGUGGAUUAUCAGACCCUUAUGUGAAGAUCCACUUAAUGCAGAACGGCAAACGACUCAAGAAAAAGAAAACAACGACAAAGAAGAACACUUUGAACCCUUACUACAAUGAGUCUUUCAGCUUUGAAGUGCCAUGUGAACAGAUAGAGAAGGUGCAGGUGGUGGUGACAGUGUUGGACUAUGAUAAAAUCGGAAAGAACGACGCCAUCGGGAAAGUGCUGCUGGGCUAUAACAGCGCCGGGACUGAACAGCGCCACUGGUCGGACAUGCUGGCGAAUCCCCGGAGACCCAUCGCUCAGUGGCACAGUCUCAAGCCGGAUGACGAAGUCAAAGCACUCAUUUCCACCAAGAAAUAAAAGCGUCGCUUCAAAAGGCCAUGAAAUAUCACAGCAUUUACCUCAUUUACAUCCAGUUUAUGUUUGUACUUCUGCCUUAAUUCGAGCAUAAAAAACAUUUGUGCUACUUAAAUGAGUAAAUGUAACCAAUUACUCCCUUUUCCCUUAUUACAGGCUUAAAGCUGAUACAGAGUUGUAAACAAAUAUAUUAUGAGCAGUGCAGAGCUAAUAAAUCAUGUUGGGUUUUUUCUGCAUUUGAAAACAUCACACACUGAAAGAAAAAUCACUAUUUUCAUCGUAGUCACUGUUGCAUCCUGGCAGAUAAAUGAUCAUUUAUACAUAUUCAUUCAUGUUCAUUUAUUUAAAUGUACAUGCAAUCCCUUCAGAACAUUUUCCAACAGAGAUCAUAUUAUUAAAAUCUGAGAGGGAAAGCUGAUAAUGGUGGUGGAAUAGAGCCCAGAAUGAGAGAAAUGCAAAGGUAAGCAUUUACAGGUUUGUCUACAGCAUCACAUCCAGAAUCAAUGUAGCCUGUCUUCCUUUUGAAACUUUAAUCAUUUGCUCUAAUGUGACACUUCCUAUUCCUGAGUACUUUUACUGUAAAUCAUUUGAUGAGGAAAAAUAAAUGUGAAACCUUGCAUUUUGAAGAGUGCGUUGACA